GGCUCGAGAAGUUUGCACGGCGGCUCCAGAGCGCCGGGUGCGGGCCCCGCCGGCCGUGCGCGCCCGCUGCCAUGGCUUUCCGCCGGAGGACGAAAAGUUACCCGCUCUUCAGUCAGGAGUUCGUUAUCCACAACCAUGCGGACAUCGGCUUCUGCCUGGUGCUCUGCGUCCUCAUCGGGCUUAUGUUCGAGGUCACUGCCAAGACUGCCUUCCUAUUUAUCUUACCUCAGUACAAUGUUAGCAUGCCUACGGCAGACGGCGAGACGGUGCACUACCACUACGGCCCGAAAGACCUGGUCACUGUCUUGUUCUACAUCUUCAUCGCCAUCAUCCUGCACGCCGUGGUGCAGGAGUACAUACUAGACAAAAUCAGCAAACGGCUUCAUCUCUCCAAAGUCAAGCACAGCAAAUUCAACGAGUCUGGGCAGUUGGUGGUCUUUCAUCUCAGCUCGGUGAUCUGGUGCUUCUACGUGGUGGUGACGGAAGGAUACUUAACAAACCCAAGGAGCCUCUGGGAAGACUACCCACAUGUGUACCUCCCGUGACAUCGUUCUGCACCCCUCCUCCCUGCUCUGCAGCUCCCCCUGCACCUUCUUCCCCUGCUCCUGCAUCUCAGGCUAAGGGAGUCAGCACAUGUACCGUUUGUGUGUCUUUUUUUGCAGGAGGAGAUCCCGCGGCAGCUCCAGUACAUCUGUCUGUACCUGAUCCACAUCGCAGGCGCGUACCUCUUAAACCUGAGCCGCCUUGGCCUCAUCCUGCUCCUGCUGCAGUACUCUACGGAGUUCCUCUUCCACACGGCCCGGCUCUGCCACUUCGCGGAUGAGAACAAUGAGAAGCUGUUCAACGCCUGGGCAGCCGUAUUUGGAGUCACCCGCCUCUUCAUCCUCACCUUGGCUGUGCUGGCCAUCGGCUUCGGCCUCGCUCGCGUGGAAAACCAGGCCUUUGACCCCGAGAAGGGGAACUUCAACACGUUACUCUGCAGGCUGUGCGUGCUGCUGCUGGUGUGUGCUGCCCAGGCCUGGCUCAUGUGGCGCUUCAUCCACUCGCAGCUGCGGCACUGGCGCGAGUACUGGAGCGAGCAGAACGCCAAGCGCAGGGUGCCCGCUGCCCCCAGGCUGGCAGCCAGGCUCAUCAAGAGGGAGUCGGGAACACUAAGCUCCCCGCUGACCCAUGGUGCCCCAGCGAGGGUCACCUAG